UAUAGGAGGGAGAGGGGGGAGCUGGGCUGCAGACGGAGCCACCGCUGCUUGCGUUAGCCAUCGCUCAUAUUCUUCUUGCGGCCGAGGAGAACGACAGCCUGCCAAGAUGUGCAAAGGAUUAGCAGCACUACCCCACACGUGCCUGGAGAGGGCCAAGGAGAUCAAGACCAAGCUGGGCACACUGCUCCAGAAGCCCGACUCGGCCAUUGACUUCAUCAUUCCCUACCCGGAGAAGCCGGAGAAGCCGCCCAAGGCCCAGAAGCCAUCACCGGAGGAGGCUCUGCAGUGGCGCGAUUCCCUGGAGAAGCUCCUGCAAAACCCCUACGGGCUCGCCAGCUUCCGCAGCUUCCUGCGCUCUGAGUUCAGCGAGGAGAACGCCGAGUUUUGGGUGGCCUGUGAGGACUACAAGAAAACCAAGUCCCCCGUGAAGAUGGCAGAGAAGGCCAAGAAGAUCUAUGAGGAGUUCAUCCAGACCGAGGCACCCAAAGAGGUGAACAUCGACCACUUCACCAAGGCGGUGACCAUGAAGAACCUGGUGGAACCAUCACCAACCAGCUUUGACAUGGCCCAGAAGAGGAUCUUUGCCCUGAUGGAGAAAGACUCCCUGCCCAGAUUCGUGCGGUCGGAGUUUUAUCAGGAGUUAAUCAAGUAGCAAUGCGGCAGGGCUGUGCGAGGCAUUCCCCGCGGGCGGUCCCACUGCUUCUGUCUAAACACCUGCCCCUUCUCCUGCAGCCGCUUUGCUUUCUUGAUACCACCCUAGAAGAGCACCCAGGGGUGUUGCUAAACAUCUCGCCCCGUGCUUUGGACUGUCAGAUGUCCUGAUGUUUCCUCUCUUACAGUCUCUUUCCUCUCCCACAAAAGACCAGUUAGCAGAAACCCUUGGUGAUCCUCCCUGGGUUUGGGACCCAGAAGGGCGGCGGAGCAGCCCCAGCCCUGCAGUGACCGGCAGCCACUCGGGCAGCCGGCGCGUCCCUGGCACUGUGGGGCUUGGCUUUAGUGGGAGGCUCUGAAGCACCAGCUCGGACUUCUUAGGACAUGACAAUUUUUCUCCCAGUUUUGCCCAUAUCGCUGGUUUGGCUCAGGCUCGCUCCCUCUUCCCAGCUUCCCAGGGUGCUGCUGAGGCUGCGCAGGGCACCCUUAUGGGUGCUCCCCUCCCCGGCUAAAUCCAGCGCACCUGCCGCCCUGGGGUGCAGGGUGGGACAUGUCCACUGCACGAUCGCCAUCACCCUGACUUUGGAAAGCAGCUGAUCAGCAAGCACAGCGAUGGCUGUAUGGCAGUGAUGGCUGUAUGGCAGGGACGGUGGUGCGGCUGGGACGGUGGCACGGCAGGGAUGGCAGCGACGGCUGUACGGCAGAGCCGGGAGCCGCACGGCCAGGCACCGCGGGGUGGACCUGGCUGGCACGAGGGGUGGGCAGAGCGAGCCUGCAGCACCGCUUCCCCAGUGACUCCACUUGGAGUCAGCUGUCAGACAGCCUGUUUGCUUCACACUAAAGACAGUAAAGAGGAUAAAAACGAGAUCUGUUUGUUCAAAACACUGGGACUGUUUAGCAACCCAGACUUCCCGUUCGCUCCAACCACUUGCAUGACGUACUGAGCUCGCAGUCUGCAGCCUGUGCCCGUGUCCCCAGUGCCUACGCACAGCCUUCAGCAGUGCUGGUGGCUGGUGGUGUGCUUGGAUUGCAGCUUCGGACGUUGCUGCAGUGGCUUCUUGUUCCAGUUGCUUCUCUCUGCAGUAGGCACGCCAAAGCGAUACUUCUGCACAAACCCAGCUGAGGGGCAUCGAUUAGAGGAGGAAGGAAAAUCAUGUCGGGGGAAAACAGCUGCAAUUGCAACUGUUCAGAUCAAUGAAAAAAAAAGCAAACCAACCCCCAAAAGCCAAACCCAAACCCAAAACCAUCAUUGGAAAUAUGAAAAAUAAACCCCUAGCUUCUUGAACAGGUGGCAAACUCUGCUGAGUUUGUGUAGCCUGCAUCUCUCUCUCCUGUCUCCUCCUGUCUGCCCAGGACAUGUUUCCAUAAGGCUGUCUCUUAAAAAGACCAGCUCUUUUCAAAUGAUUCAAAGCCAGGCCACUGUUCACUACCAGAAGAAAUCACAUCUGAGGAUGUGGCAAGGGCAUACGCGAAAGGCGGCUGGGGUCUCAUUUCAGCCUUGAGGUGAAUGCGAUGAACUCCCGCUCCGUGGGGCCUGGACGUCCCUGCGAUGGUUUCCUGGUGCAGCAUCUGCACGGCCGUGGCUUGCAAUGAGCUGCUUCAGCCGGCAACCCAACAGAUGCAGGCAAAAUAACAAGCGACUGUGCUCCCAGCAGGCAUCCCGGACCAGCCACCCCCCCCUCAGGCUGCUCAACCUCAACUGCAAGUCAUGAGACUCCAUCCAAAAUGCAAUAACAUAAACAACGGGUUUGCCAGCCUCUUCAAGACUUUAAAAAUCUGAUCAAAACCCCACCAGCCCCAAAUAUUUGCAUGUUGUCACUAUGGUGACGAAGAAAAAUACAUUCCGAGCUGCAGGAAGUGGGCUGCUUUUCCAGGCAGGGAUGGGGAGGCAGGGGAAGGAUGGAGGCCAUCGCAAAUGUGACUGGUUUUUUCCUCUGGAGCAAAUGGCCUGGGAACGUCGGUGCUGGAGCGGCAAGGGUUGAUGCUCACAGGGCAUUCCCCUGGGGUGAGCGCGGGGGGCGGUUGGGCAGCCCCAAAGAGCCCAAGGGAGCCCACGAGCGGCAGGAGGGUCCCGUCGAAAGGGCGCAGGAUCCCCUGGCAGUGCCCGCCACCCAGAGCUGGUGGGCAGCAAGGGGGAGGCAGGAGCAGGGCUGGGCGCAGGAGCGGGGGCUUGGCCAGCCCUUCUGCCGCACAGUGCUCCCACCGCCUCUGCCCAGGCGCGCUCCCUGCACCCCCCUAACAUCUCCACGAACUGGUGUCAAGACAAGCGGGUUCAGCAUGUUCAAGCUCCCUAUUCACGGUGUGACUCACAGAAAUGCGAAAGCAAACAGGCUUCCCUGCAGAAAGACCCAGAUCUUUCAGUUUUACUUAAUCCUUUGGCAGCUAUUUGCAGAUACCCUCGCACAUUUCACCGUUAAAUGCCAACGCUGGGAUGCUGCUGGAGGCUGGCUUGCUGCACGCCAUCAAAACCUGAGAUGUCACUAGCUGCAACAGCAAUGUGUGGGGCAGGGAGAAGGUGUCUGGGUAUGUACGUGCCGAAAAGAAAGGUGGAGGCUGUAUUCAGGAGAUGUGAAACAGCUCUAUUGGAAAUCCCUCCCCAGCUUGAUUUCUGCUAAAAUAUUGGAAGCCUACUUUUGGGGGUGAUUGAACAGGUGCCAGUGAGCUACUUGGUGGCCAUAAAAUGUGUCCCCUGAAGUGUUUUGGAGCUCUUGGGAAGUUGUGUUUGUGUAGAAGGGUCGUUUGGCUAAUUACUCGGGCAGGCUUGCCCCAGAAAGGCAGCAAUGCCUGUACCCACCCCAAGGCUGAGCUUUCCACAGGCCCAAAGUUAUUUACUGUUGGGCUGAUACCAACCAUUAUAUUUCUGGUAGGAAAUACUUCAUGUAUUUUAUCACUCUUGCUCUCAUGAAAUUUGGUAUAUGUAUGAGCACUGUACACACGACAUUGUACAUCUAUAUCCCUAUAGACAUAUACAAGUAUACACACACACAUAUAUACAUACUCCUAACGUGGGCAUCUAGAACCCAGUGAGUCUGAGAGCCAAAAAGCAGAGUGUCUGGAUAUCGUGCUUGGGGUCUGUCGCAGAGAUGAGCAUGCACGGGUUUAGCGCAGUCCCAGACCCCGUUGAGUGAAACCUUGGCCAUCCACCCGACAGAAAGUGAAGCUGCAUCUUCCAAAACGUCCUCUGAGAUCACCCUGUGCCCGUGGCCGCCGAGUGCCCGCAGCCCCAGUGCAUCCUGGCGCCCAAGCCGGUGCAGGAGGCAGGUCUCGUGCUCUCCAAGGGACCCCAACCCUUGCCGUGGGGCAAGGCAACCCCACGCUGCAGCCCACGUCCCCAGGCAUCAGGCGCUGCCUCCCUGCCUCCCCAGCGCCCACUCCUCACCACGGGGACAUGCGGAGGAGGGCUCCCUGCAGCCGCAUCCCUCGGAUUGACGCUGGGGGAUUGUUUCCUCUGUGUUUUCUGGUUAAUUCAGUGACCCGGACCCUCGCACCUCACUGGCCAUGGUGUGAUUCACCCAGCUCUCCCUCUGCCCGCUGAGGCAGGGCUCUGCCGGUGCUGCCCGGUCCUGGCCCUGGGGGCUGCCGAAGGCUGCGAGGCAGCAGCGGGAGCUGCCCGCUGCCCACGGGUGUCCCAGGGCUCGCCCUGUCCUUGGUCACUCCCUGGAGGGUGCCGAGUGCUGCGGCCAAGGGCUGGAGCGAGGUCAGGAGGGAGGAUCGGCUCCUCGCAGCCACGAGCAGCAGGUUUUCACUCUGAUGUUCUCCAGGUGAUUUCCAUUAGAGAUCUUCACGGGGUAAAGACAUGGGGCACUGGUGCGCACCAAGGAACUGGUUGUGUUAACCCAUAUUCUUGUACCACUCAGUAAUCCACACAUAAACAUGUAUUUCUGCUACUAUC